GGCAAAACAAAGAAAGAAUAUGCAAGUGAAGGCUUGAGCUACCUACGUUACGCCGUGGACUCCAUUGCUUGCUCGCAGCGUACUGCUUAAGCUUUCUCUUCUCGCUCCAGAGAAAAUCAUGGACUCAGACUCCUCGUCUAUGAUUCGUCUCAAUAUAGGGGGGAAGAAAUUUUACACUACUAUUGAUACGCUGACUCAACGAGAGCCUCAUUCCAUGCUGGCUGCAAUGUUCAGUGGUCGGCAUACUGUGUGUCAGGAUCCUGAAAAGGGAUUUGUAUUUGUUGAUAGGGAUGGAAAACAUUUCCGACACAUCCUUAAUUGGUUAAGGGAUGGUGCUGUUCCCACAUUAAAAGACUCUCAAUAUUCAGAGCUUUUGAGGGAGGCAGAAUACUAUCAGCUACUGGGACUUAUGGAUGGAAUCAAUUCUGUGUUAAGUAGAAAGAAGGAGGAUGAAGAUUUAACUACUGACCUAACACGAAUUGAUAUCAUCAAAUGUAUACAGUCAGAAAAAGUUAGAUUUCGAGGUGUUAAUCUUUCUGGCCUUGAUCUUUCAAAACUGGAUUUGUCUUAUGUGGACUUCAGCUAUGCUUGUCUUAGAAAUGUAUUCUUCUCACGUGCAAACCUGCAGUGUGCCAAGUUUCGGGAUGGGGAUGCUGAAGGUGCAAUCUUUCAUAAUGCAAUUUUGCAAGAAUGUGAAUUUACCGGGGCCAAUCUGCGUGGAGCUUUAUUAGCUGGUGCUAGUCUUAGGAGUGCAAACCUACAAGAUGCAUGUUUAAUCGAUAGUAGUUUCUGCCAGGCAGACCUUCGUAGUGCACACUUGCAGAAUGCGGAUCUUACUAAUGCCAAUUUAGAAGGAGCUAUACUAGAAGGAGCCAACUUGAAGGGGGCGAAGUUGAGUAAUACCAAUUUGAGGGGUGCCAACCUUCAACGAGCUUAUUUACGACAAGUGAACUUGAGAGAAACGCAUUUAGAAGGUGCCAAGCUUGAUGGUGCAAAUUUACUUGGGGCAAUCAGAUGACAGUAAAGCGCUGAUAUUUCGAUGCAUAUUGAUGUGAAUAUAUUUUCUUGUUCAUAUGCUGUGGCCUUGUAAAUAAGUGUUGAAACUUGAAACCCAAAUUUAAGUUAUAAGUUGAUAAAGUCUGGUAGAUGACACAAGCCAAUUAUGUUACUAUUCUAUUGCAAAUAUUGAGUAUGAUUUUGAACCAAUGAUUACUUUGAAUGACUUGAAAUUUUCUUAUA